UAGUUUUCAGUGAAUAUGUCUGUGACAACAUCUUUAGCAGUUCAAAGUAAAGGUUAUACUUCUGCCCACUGGUAAUAAAGCAUGAGCUAUCUCAUUAUCACUGCAGCUGAUCAUAUUAAAGCUGAAAUCCAAGCUUAAUUAAAAAUCAUAUAUAUGCAUUAUUUUAGCAAGUGUUCAUUUUUAUUUCUUAUGUAGAGGCACUUAUAACACGCGCUAGCCUGUUUUAUUCAUUUUAGUUGCUUUGUCGGCCAUUUUUAUAGCGUGACUCCCAUUCCUUAAGGUAGUGAGAGAAUGAAAAGGAUUCACAUUUAGAUAUUUUUCAUGCAGUGCUGUUGAAUUUCAUAGGUUUCCUUUGUUUAAAAUAGUUGUUCUUUUUUAUAUUUGUGCAACUUAGAUUUACUUUUUUUAACUACUGCAAAAUAAAAUGUCUUUUCAAAAUACUCUUACGCUGUAUUACGCUCUUACGCUCAUUUUCUCUUUCUACAGAUUAUGUGUGUUUCUUUGUCAGUAUUUGCUGCUUAAACUAUUUCCUGUAAUAAGCUUUUGUGAGACCACGCCACUUGUACAAAGUAAAGAAACCUUGGUUCUCAGGAACCCACCACUCCCUCCCACCACUUCAGAGAAAUGAUAGGUUUGUGGUCUCUGGUUCCUCACUGACUGGAAAGCCAGUCGAGCUUUUAUGUUGUCACUACUUGUGCAAGGGUGUCUGUAGACCAUCGUCUCCUCCCCCUUGUGCUCGGUAAGCUGAAGACCGAUAGAGCUAUUAAAGCACUGUUUGUUUCCUCUCUGUUCUUUUAAAGACCACUGUCACUUCAUACCACACCCCCUCACCCCACCCCCAUGCCCUGCUUUUGUGACUCUUAUACAUUAAGCACUGGUAUUCCUGCUAACUGCUGUCAGUUUCACAGUUGCACUGUGAACCAUCAAGCUGAAGGAACUGGUGGGGUACAAGAACUUGAAAACCACUGUGAAAGCAACAAGUGUCCAAAGAAAACCUUUGAAAGACCUUCAGAAAGCCUGAAGAACUGUAUAUUUAGCUCCUUCGUCCACAUCAGCAGCAACAUGUUUCAGGUGAACAUCUGGAUCUGUGCUGGCCUCCUGCUGUCCCUCCCUCACUGCACGUUUCAGUCGUGCACAGAAGGGACACCAAAACAGUGCGCCGAUGCAGAAUUUGCUCCGGGCAUCAAUUUGGCCGGAGAAGGCUUCGACAUCACCAAAAUGGAACGUAAAGGAGCCUUCGUGCUCAACAUGAAUGUGUGGAAACGCAAAGAUAAAACAUGCAUGCUGUGUACCAACCCUUAUCUUGAGAACAUAAAGCAAAAGCUACCCCUGACAGUGGUGGACUGGAGGGCAAAACAGUCCUGCAGCGCCAAAGUUUCCACUAAACUUCACAAAUCCAGCGAGUCUCUUGUCAGUUCCAGCGUUUCUUCUGUUGAAAACAACUGGAAGACCGAUCUAGAAGUUGAAAUAAAUGACAAAAGUGGCUCUGUUAUGCUGGCUGGUACCAAUUCUAAACUGGCAGAGUACUCCAUGGAGAAAACAAAGAGUGACAAAUUCAGCUUCACUAGCCAGAGUGUGUCGUGUGAGUACUACAGCUACCGAGUGUCAAAUACUCCAAAGCUGCACACAGAAUUUCGGAAAGCAGUGAAAGAUCUUCCCAAAUAUUACGCCCCAGAAUUCAAACAACGGUUUUACAAACUGAUUGACAACUUCGGUACCCAUUACAUCACAAAGGUAAAGCUCGGAGGAAGUAUUGACUCUGUGACCAGCAUCAAGCAGUGUCAGGCCAGCCUGCAGGGACUCAGCUUGGAGGAGGUGGAGCUGUGUCUGGAAGCUGAGGCGUCUGCGAGCAUUAAAGCUACAAUAAAAGCCGAAACAAAACACUGCCAGAAAGCUUCAGAGAAGUUGGAAAAUAAGAACUCUUUCUCCGACCUCUUCAAUGACAGGUUUACAGAUAUAAAAGGUGGGCAUACCACAGACACAGACCUUCUCUUCUCUGCGGAAAAAAAUCCAGCUGCCUACAAGGAAUGGCUGGAAACCCUACCAAAAAAUCCAGAUAUCAUUUCAUACUCCUUAAAUUCCCUUCAUGAGUUGCUUCCUGCCACAGCCAAAGCCCGGAAAAACCUGCGCUCUGCCAUUAGCCAUUACAUCCUGGAGAAAGGCCUGUGGAGAAACUGCAGCGCUCGCUGUCAGGCUGGGAUUAAGAGUGACUCGAGGGAUUCCUGCGUCUGCCAGUGCCACAAUGACCCCGCCGUGAACCAAGACUGCUGCCCAGCUCGUAAAGGUAUGGCACGGGUCAUCAUAACAGUACAGCGGGCCACUGAUCUGUGGGGGGACCAUACCACUGCUACAGAUGGCUAUGUGAAGGUGCACUUUGCUGGAACAGUGGCGCAGCGUACUCCUGUCAUUUAUAACAACAACAACCCACACUGGGCCACGGUCAUCGACCUGGGCACGCAGGAUGUCUCAUCAAUUACCAAAUUCAGAUUUGAAGUCUGGGACGAGGACAGCAAGUGGGACGAUGACCUGUUGGGAGAAUGUGAGCCACUUUUGACUUCUGGAGUUACAACCGAUCUCUGUCCUCUGCAGCACGGCCAGCUGUUCUACAAAGUGGAAGUGCAAUGUGCUCCGAGUCUGACUGGAAAGUCAUGCACGGAAUAUAAACCCACUCCUAUUAAUCCAAGUCUGAAAAAGCUAUAUGUGUCACGCAACGCUCAUCCUAUUCCACCGGCCAUCCUGUCAAAAAUGGGCGUGUUUGUGGACAAAUCAAGCUCAUGGAAAAACCAGAGUUUUGCUCGCAAGAGCUUCACGUAUGGCAUAAAAUAACACGCACUUACGAAUUUGGACUGAAAACAGAUCUCAGGAUUCACUCGAAAACCUAACCAGAAGAGACUCGGCUUCAACGUGAAGGAUUCAUUCUUUGCUUUCAUCUUGCAAUUUCUAGACUAUACCUUAUCCGUCACUAAUAUUUCUCCAUAUAGGAUCAUUUGUGCAAUGUUUUAAUGUUCUAGAUGUCAGAAAACUGGAUUAAUAUAUUCAAAUACAUUUAAUAAAUAUUUUGUGUUUGUUUAUGGAUGUAUGCAUUUGUAUUCCCUAAAGCCAGUUAGAUAUGAAGACAUUAUGUAGCCAUGUCUGUUGUAGAUCAUAUAAAAGUUUCUGCUAAUCCAGCUCAACCUUAAUUUAUAAUGUUAUUAUCCCUCAUUAAUAAUGAUUUUACCUACAUCAUUAGCAAAAUGAAUUUUCCUGCAUUUUGCAGCAGUUUAUGUGUCAGUUCAAGUAUUUGCACAAUGUUCCAAUAUACCAUAUCUGUUUUAUUCUCACUAUAAAUGGAGCUUUAUUAUGCACAAUAAAUA